UUCUUCUGCUGUCGACACCUGGCUUCUGCACGUGGGGAACUAAUGUUAUAUCUACUCACGUGCACUGACAUUACAGCUAUUACUCCUAAAUGGAUGGAUGUACACUCCUGCUAAUUCAAACCGAUUCCCAGCUUCCUCCGAACGAUAACCCUCGGCCGACUGCAGGUGCAUACAAUAGCAGUUCGAUGGAUUGAGAUAAAUAUAAAACUGAUCAUUCUAAUUUUUAUAUAAUUUAUCUUCUCUCUCAGAUUUUUAUCUUAUAUUUAUUCAUUUUUUUGUUCUUCUUCAUUGCAGGUUAAACCAAGCACAAGACCUAUUUGAUUGAUGGUUUGUGAUAAUAAGAUGGACAAAUUCAACAAAUCAAUAUACGAGGCAAGAUUUCAUGAAGAAGAUUCCACCAGAUCAUAGCACUUCUUUACUUUUGAUGAUAUGAUCCAAGGUUGAAUAAAUUUUAGUAUCUAAGUAUGGCACCAUGUUGCCAAGGUGAAUAUGAGAAGCGAAGUGAUGGAGCACCUUACACAGGCUAUCCUGCUCAAUCCUGCAUCAGCUUCCUUAGUCUACAAUGCCAGACCCUCACAAUUUAGAGUUAUGGCUAAAGGUUAUUCGAGUAUUGAUGAUGACUCCAUUCCUGGCUUGGAAUUAGAUUCUGAUAGUGAAACAAUAAUACAGGACUCUCGGAAAGUGGUACUUGAGAAUAAUCAAAUAUUCGCGGUAAGUGCUAAAUUUAAUAGCUCAGAACUUGAUAGGCUGGAAAGCGCUGAUUCGACUACUGAAAUAAAAGUAUUGGUGGAAUUUUGUCUUAAUGUUGAUAGAGAAAAUAUGGUCUCAGGAUCAAAUACUGCUGGGAUACUUAGGAUCUUAUGUUAUGAUUUAUUUUAUGAUGUGCCUGAGGAGGUAGCAGAGAAGAAGGUUAGUUCCUGUGGUUGAGUUUUUCAAUGGAUCUCCACCAUAGCAAUUGCAUCGAUACUUCCUUUGGAAAGGACCGUGCUGGUGAUGUGAUGACUUUAAAUAUGUAUGUAGAUCUGUACAACAUCUAUACAGUACCCGCAUAUGUAAAAUAGAAUGGAAACUGGUAAUUCAUUCUUUUUAUCAGUAGAUGGAGAUAGAUGUAGAUCGGAGGAUAUGAAUAGAUGUAUAUAUAUCAAGAGGCGGUGAAACCAAAGUGAAUGAAGUCAUUA